AUGUUAGUCAAGGAUUAUUCAUCCAUGGAAUCCAACCUAAAUAGUAUGGAACGCGUAAAGGAAUAUAUUGAUAUGCCACAAGAACUUUUAUCAAUCUCAAGUGCACGUCCUCCAGCUGCAUGGCCAACCAGUGGUGAAAUUGAGGUGUCCAAUCUAACAGUUAACCAUACAUUAAAAGAUGAACCUAUACUCCGGAAUAUUUCAUUCAAUGUUCAAGAUAAAGAAAAAAUUGGUAUUGUUGGAAGAGCAGGUGCUGGCAAAUCUACUUUGGCGAAUUCAUUCUUAAGGUUGGUAGAGGCUACCGAGGGCCGGAUUAUGAUUGAUGGAAUUAAUAUUGCAGAUAUUAGUUUAGAAGAUCUUAGGUCAAGAUUUACUAUUAUAUCUCAAGGGACUAUUCGGUCAAAUUUAGACAUUCGGUUAGAAUAUGAUGAUCAUGAUUUAUGGGAAUCAUUAAGGCGAGCUCGUCUUGUUCAUGUGGAAAUAGAAGAAAACUUACCAAACAGACAAUCCUUAAUCAUUGGGCCGAUAACAAGUUUAGAAGAUCCAGUAAAUGAAGGCGGUAGCAACUUCUCCCGAGGCCAAAGGCAAUUAUUUUGUUUUGCGAGGGCGUUAUUAAGACAACCUAAAAUAAUUAUUAUGGAUGAAGUAACUGAUAAUCUUGACACGGAGACAGAAAAAAAAGUACAGGAAAUUAUUAAUGAUGAGUUCCAAAACUCCACAGUUUUGAACAUUUCACAUCAAUUUAAAAAUAUUAUAGAUUCUGAUCGAAUUCUUGUUCUUGACCAAGGAGAAAUUGUCGAAUUUGAUACGCCACGUAAUCUUUUAAUGGAUCCCAAACGUUUAUUUAGGCAGUUGUGUGAACAAGAUGGUGAAUUAGAAUCUCUGGUGAAAACCUUGAAAUUAAAUUAUUCUGAAGAUGAGGACGAGGAGGGAUAUUCUGAAGAACACUAUGAUGACGAUGAUACAGAUGGAAUGGAAAUGGGAAUUGAAAUUGAAGAACAGGAUGAUGAACAAACAGAACGCCAGUCAGGACACGAGGUGGACGAAGAACGAGAAGAAAAUGAUCAAUUGGAGAUGUUCGAUGAUCAACAUCACGGAGAUGACUAUGAAGUUCAAGAGAAUUCUGAAUAG